GGCAGUGGUGGAAGAAGAGGCGGCGGCGGCGCGGGUAGGGAGCCUGGAAACGCGAGCGGGGAUGGUAGGUGGUUUGGACCCGCCGGGCCGCCGUCGUUUCCAGAAAGGGUUUGACUGGAGGAACCUCUGGAGCAGCUGUUGGCUGGCUCCUCUGGCUGAUGGCAUGUUGAGACACAUGGGCCAGUGGCAGCGAGGGCAUCUGAUCCAGAGGGGGCCACUCUAGGGGCCAGGCCAUCAGCACCAUGGGCCAGUGUGUCACCAAGUGCAAGAAUCCCUCAUCAACCCUGGGCAGCAAGAACGGAGACCGUGACCCUGGCAGCAAGUCACACAGCAGGCGGAGCGCAGGCCACCGCGAGGAACAGCCACCAGCCUGUGGCAAGCCAGGUGGGGAUAUCCUUGUCAAUGGGACCAAGAAGGCAGAGGCUGCCACCGAGCCCUGCCAGUUGCCAAUGUCCUCUGGAGAUGCUGGGAGGGAGCCCAAGUCCAAUGCCGAGGAGUCUUCCCUGCAGAGGCUGGAAGAAUUGUUCAGGCGCUAUAAGGACGAGCGGGAGGAUGCAAUUUUGGAGGAAGGCAUGGAGCGCUUUUGCAAUGACUUAUGUGUUGACCCCACGGAAUUUCGAGUGCUGCUCUUGGCUUGGAAGUUCCAGGCCGCUACCAUGUGCAAAUUCACCAGGAAGGAGUUUUUUGAUGGCUGCAAAGCAAUAAGUGCAGACAGCAUUGAUGGGAUCUGUGCACGGUUCCCUAGCCUCUUAACGGAAGCCAAACAAGAGGAUAAAUUUAAGGAUCUCUACCGGUUUACAUUUCAGUUUGGUCUGGACUCUGAAGAAGGGCAGCGGUCACUGCAUCGGGAAAUAGCCAUUGCCCUGUGGAAACUAGUCUUUACCCAGAACAAUCCUCCAGUAUUGGACCAGUGGCUAAACUUCCUAACUGAGAAUCCCUCGGGGAUCAAGGGCAUCUCCCGGGACACCUGGAACAUGUUCCUUAACUUCACUCAGGUGAUUGGUCCUGACCUCAGCAACUACAGUGAAGACGAGGCCUGGCCAAGUCUCUUCGAUACCUUUGUGGAGUGGGAAAUGGAGCGAAGGAAAAGAGAAGGGGAAGGGAGAGGUGCACUCAGCUCAGGGCCCGAGGGCUUGUGUCCCGGGGAGCAGACUUAGUGGCUCUGUCCCAGGAGCAGCAGCAGCAGCAAGGAUCUGCCUGCUGCCCUGCAGCCAACCGAGGAAUUGGACCUUUCUGGAAAUUACUGAAGAUCCAGAUAUUUUCUACUUUACACCUUUCUCUGCCUUGUAUCUGAAAGGGCUCUAAAAUGCUGUAUCAUGUUUUAGGCACUUUCUUCACUUUUUGGUUAUUUUGGUUAUUUCUUUUAGGGGGGUUCCCCAAAAUAUUUGAACCUGGCUACAUGUUGUGUAUUUUUUUUUUUUUUUUGAAGCCUUCAGAUAGAAUAAGCCUGCCAUUUCUUGCACAAAUUAGAUUUCUUUGUGGGGGAGGGAAUAGAGCAGGGAGGGGGGAAUGGGACCGUUAGGUUGAAUUAACAUUACAAGAUGAUACAGUGCCAGAUCUCAGUUUUGCAUAUUCUGUUUUUCAGGGCAGGUCUGUACUGUGUGUAGUGCUGUUUACAUGGUUGAAUUUAGGUUGUAAGAAUUAUUUUAAAAGAUUUACACAGAAUUGAAUAGCAGUGUUAACUGUUAACCAUACUGCAUUAAUUCCCAGGCGAUUUAAAGCUCUUGGAGAGCCAAGGCCAGCCAAGAGCAUUUGUAGUCUGGUGACAACCCCCUUUUUAAGCUAAUUUAUCCGAAACCCUUAUUUUCUUCACUUCUUGCUCAUUCCUUCUUUGACCUAUUGCAUUUCAUGUUGAGUUUAUCCAUCAACAUGCUGCACCUGUCAGUCAAGUGAGCAGUUUUUUUUUUUUUUUUUUUUUUUUUUUUUAAGAACACAACAUAGUACUGAGAACCACUUAAGCAUUGAAUGCAGAGAAAGCAGUGCUACCUCAGUUUUGCUGGAAGUAGACUUUGAUAGUUUUCUUUUUUCGAUGAAUUUUCUGUAUUUUCAUGUUGUAAGUGAAAAUACAUUUUUUUUUUUUUUUUUUUUUUUUUUUUUUCAUUUGCCUUGGAGCCAAAGUUUCUGUUCCUGGUGGUCGGAAAACUGUGCCUGCCGGCCAACUGACUUGAAGGAAAACUGUGGUAUGGAGCUCUGCUUGAAUAUUUUUAAUUUAUUUUUUUUUAAAGUUUUUUUGAGUAUCAUCAGCUUACUUGUCUGGCAAGUGCAGAUGCCUGGGGCUGGCCUGAACUCUGCCAAACAAAUAUAGAAGUGUAUUUAAUAGUUAAACGUGUGCCCUUUCCCUUCUUGCUGCACCCAUGUUGUCACUUAACCCCCAGGAGUUAUUUAUUAUCUUCUUUGUUAAUGUCAGGCUCAUUUGGGGUAAUGUGAUGACUGUUUAGGUUUACAUGACCCUUCUCUCCUUCCCCUACCCCCAAAUAUGUAUAUAUACAUAUAUAAGAUAUGUAUAUAUUUUACCUAUAUAAAAUAUAUAUAUACACAUAUAUGUAUCUAUAUUCCUUUGUUUCUUUGCCUGCUAAAACUGGCCAUAAAAGAGGGAGCUGCCUUCAAUAUAUAAAGCAUAAGAAGAGUGCCAGGGAGCGUCCUAAAUGGAGGUUUUUGAAUCUGAAUUUGGACCAUCCUCACUAAAGAGAGGAUGAAUUUUCUCAGCCUUUUCCUCAUAAGAGGGAGGCCCAGUUGCCCAGACUCCUCCAUGUGCUUGCUCCAUAAGGCCAGCUUUGGCCAAACUGCCACACAGGAGCUGACUCUGGUCCUACCUGGUUUCAGUAAAGGGUCCUCUUGUUAUUUUUCCAUUAAAAAAACAUGUCCUCAAAAAACUGUACUGGAAGGGUGGGUGGCAGGAACUUGUACAGUUCAGCUCCCAACACUUGGGAACAGAUUGAAAAGGGAAUCUUUUAAAUAAAAACUUAUAAAAUAUUUAUA